UCAGCUUUGGACGGACGGAUUAAAUUUUUCGAUGGUGGAAAACAUAAAAAUACCGACUGGUGUGUGAUUAUUUCCUGCUAAGCUGCAUUAGCAUAACUUUAAACGUAGCUAAUUUGCAUUUACGAUAACAAAAACCAAAAAGUAUAGCAGUCUGCUUUAACAUUGCGAAUGAUAACAGUCGAAAAAUCCAGUGUACAUAAGCAAAAAAUACCAAUACACAAAAGUGGUGAGGCAGAAGUCGAUGACAGGGAGUAGCAGCAAAUCGUAAGACUCGCCUGUGCCGUUUUAUGAAAUGUAAAUGACGGAUGUGGCAAUUGUUUUACACAACAUUAUUACUGCACUCAAUUACACAAAUAAGACUUUAUUUAAACAGCGGCAUUGAAAAAUGUUUGCUUCAUUAAAAAAUAAAAUCAAAGAGGAGACAGGUUCAGACGUGGCUUCAACAGCCACGAAUACACGGCACAUCAACCAUAACAACAAUCGGAUACGCAGCCGUUUCUCAUCGACAUUAAGUGUAAAUUCAACUAAUGAGGACGCCGGCGGAGGUGGCAGUGUGGACUCGCAGAGUUAUGGAGCGGAACAGCUCUCCACAUUGCGUAGUCAAUGCAAUGAGCUUACCACCAAGGUGACAGAUCUAACUACACGCUUGCAAACAAUUCAAGAGGAGAAGACACGCAUAGAAAAGACAAACGAAAUCCUAUUAGAAACUGUGAAAGUAGCGCAAACGCAAAAGGAUAUAUAUUGUGAAGAACAGGAAAAGAUACAAAAUCUACAACAAAGCGAAAUUGAGAAAUUAAAAAAUCUAUUAUCAUUCCGUGAGCAAGAAGCGGUUGAUCGUCUAGCAGCUAUGCGGCAAAAUCAGCAGCAAAUUGAAAACUUAACCGCAGAACUUGAACGACUGAAGCAAUAUGAGCCCAUGGUCGAGGAUUUACAGGAUGAAUUGGAACGUCUACGUCACUCUUCUCAACUGGGAAAAAAUAACUUAACCACAACAUUGGCCGCUGUUGAAGAAGAAAAUCGCCAUUUAAAGAUGCGUCUACAAAUUAUGGAACAAGCACGCUUGGACGCGAUUAAUUCAUUCAGUGCAGACGAGAAAAUGCAAGCGCUAGUGCAAGAACGUAAAAUGCUCGAACAGCAUUUAGAAGAAGCACAUCUGCAGCUAUCCGAUAUAAAAAGUACAUGGAGCGGUCAGAAUUUGUCAUUGGAAACGCAAGUUAGUCGACUGUCAAAACAAGUUGCCGAAGAGACGACCGAAAAACGCAAGGCGCUGCGAGCACGCGACGAUUUAAAUGAAAAAGUCAAGCAAUUAGAAUUCGAAAUGUUGAAGCUAAAGGACGAUAUGAAGCAGCGCGAAGAUAAGAUAAAGUUGCUCGAGGAGGAGAUAGACGAAUUAAACAUGGCGCUGAAGGAAUGUCGCGAGGAGAAUGAGCAACAAAUUAUUUAUGAACGCAAUAAGGCUGAAACACUAGAAAAUGAAACGAAAGAUCUAAAGUUGCGCAUCAGCACGGCAGAUGAACGUUUUAGUGAAUAUGCCACCAAUGCCGAACAUGUAGCACAAUCGCUCCGCCAGCAAAGUACACAAUUGCAAGAGCAGCUGAAUGAAGCGCAAAAUUUACUUGAAACCGAAAAGGAAGAAAAACUUACAGCAUUGUUGCGUAAUGCCGAAAUAUCACAGAGCGAGGAGAUAUUGCGUAAAGAGUUGCGCAUGGAGCGUGACGAAGCCAACGAACUGCACGAAAAGAACGAGCAACUAACCAGUGAAAUGAAGGUCAAAACACAAGAGUUGAAACAGUGUAAAAUCGAAAUGGAAGAAAUAAAGACUGUGAUGUAUAAGAAUGAAGAGAAGCUGAAGGAGAUCGAUGAAAUGCAACGCGAAAUAAGCGAGAAAAAUAAGACAAUAAAAGUUCUAAAUCAACGCUUGGCCGAUCUGAAGAAGACACUGCAAAAGGAGUUUCACAGCGCCAAAUCCUUCGAAGCUGAAAAGGAGCGUAACGGCAAUUGCAUUGCUGCGAAACCGCCAACCAAUGCAAUUGUGGUUGCCACCAGCGCGGCGGUUGCGAAUGAUACGUUAGCUUGUGAGCAUUGCGGUGGUGUGAGCGCAACCACAAGCAGUAGUAUAGUUAUGGACGAGGUCAAUUUUAAAUAUUUAAAGCAUGUAAUUGUGAAGUUUCUUACCAGUCGCGAGGUAGAAGCACGGCAUUUAAUACGCGCUGUUGCAACUUUGUUGCAACUCACCAAAGAUGAGGAGAAACUGCUGCAGGACACGCUCAAUUGGAAAAUGAGUUGGUUCGGCUCGAAACCAAAUCAUGGUAGGGGUCAACAUUCCUUCUCUAUACCACCGAGUUAAUACUAAAAAUCAUUUACGCACUUGAUAUAUAUUAUACUAGUUUAAUUUAAAAUUCAAUUGUUGCUAGUUAGUAUGUCCUAGCCAAACGACCAAUAGACUUUUAAAACUUCAGCAGCUACGAAUGCGAUUUUGCUCAUAGACAGCGUUUAAUAUAAGAAACAUAUUGACUUCAAUUAUUUUAUAUGCCACAUCUUGGAAUUUGAUUCAACACUACCAGCACCUAAUCUUAGCUAAUGAGCAAGAGGAAUUUAUAAAAAUACUUAUUACAACCUAGAUUAAUUUAAAAUCGCCAAAUCACUCGCUAUAACAUUUGUUUAUUUACAAAACUCGGAAAACGUUACAUAACUGUAUUACGAGUGUUGUCAAUUCAAAAUUUCAAAUUAUAUUAUAUUUAUUGAAGGACUUUAGGUUAUUAAGCUUUAUUAAGUGAAAAUCAUUAGCAAGUUUUAAUGUUGAUUGCAAAAUUUAUACGAAAUUUCGGUUAUUUAAGUUUUAAGUGAAAAUCCUGAGUAAAUUUUAAUGUAUGUAGCUUUAGUUAACGUGCAUAUUUAUUUCCUGUUAGCUUAU